AGGACCACAUUUCAUUCAUGGCAUUGAAGAUGAAACUUUUGUUUUUGAGAAGUUCUCCUUUUUGCGACCCGCAGCAUUCGCAUUCUUGGCUAUAGCGACAAUUUUCUUUCCCCGUAAAAAUCGUGUCCCCCCGCCACAAAUAUCUCAUCUACUUUCAUCUCAAACUUUUUCUUUCGCACUCGUCGUAGUGUCACGACAACAUGACCCUGAUGUUCUUGAUCCACGACGACCGGUCACCAGGCUGCUUCAUCUUCCCGCACAGCUUCAUCGCCGCAUCGUCGUCCACCUGUAAGAACAAGACCACAACGGAAUUUGUCGACACCACAACGCGAAUAAGUUGGCGGUAGUUACGACGUCGCGGGCGAGGAACAGAGUAGGUAGAGAAACUUCCACCCAGCAGGAGCAGCUAAGGGGACGACAACUACUUCCAAAUAACCCAACUCGACCACAUCGCAAGAUGUUCGACGGUGGGUCCUUCGGCAACCGCGUCGACCUCGGCGGCAAGUCGAAGCGCGCUGCGACGGACCGGAAGCAGUUUCUGAAGCAGCAACAGAAGGAGCGGGAAGUUCGACAGGAAAAGGCGAAGCAACUCCUAGCGGCGGAAAAAAUAAAAAAAGCUUUGAGGUCCUACUGUAUUUUAGAAAAACAGAAAAAGGCGGAGAGAAGUCUGUUCGAAAAGCGAUUCGGCGACAUGCAGAAGGUGUUGCACAACCCGCAGGCCAUGCAGAACGAAAACAUGAAGAAGGCGAUCCUUUUAGGGCUGCAGAAAAAACUACUACCAUCGUUUUUGUUCUUCUUCCAAGGGAGAAAAGACAUCGGCUUGCUGGAGCAACUAUUGGAAACGGUAGUGGCGACGAUGGCGCCACCGGUCAUGGAUGGUGCAGGAGCUGCUGUUACGCCGACGUCCACAUCUAGUACGUGGAGAAUAUUCCAACGAGAUCCAACAGAACAACAAACUCAAACACCCCUUUCAUCGUCACAGCAACAGCAAUUACUGGAGGAAGACCAGCUUUUGCUCCUGCGUUGGUGCAAAUUGCUGUUCCUUUUCCUGCGCUACCUGCACGACCGCGGGAACAAGAACCAGCAGAAGCAGAUCGGGAGCAUUAGCUCCUCCAGCAGCAGCACGACCACUCGAAAGAACUACGGGCGGGAGAUUCUGUCUAUCCUGGAAAAUGUUAUGAACUGCAAAAGUAUUGUAUAUCGUACUAGUAGUAAGUAUUGCAAUACAAAUUAGCUCAUUAUUUUGACCAAUGGAAUUUGUCAUGCUGUUUGGCCCUGGGAUGGAGAUUUGUGAUGCAUGACUGCGAUAAUUACUACGAGUGUGAUGCUUUUGCAGUGCAUAGACGUCAACUCCGAGCAGUUCCGGGCUCGCAUGGCGCUGCACCCGGCCAUUUUCCACUUUCUCAGGGACGUCACGAGCGCGAAGUAUGCACUGCAAAAGAAAAAGUAUCGUAUUAGUGCAAAUGGCAUGCCAAAUUUUGUCAAGAACAAAAACGCAACUUGUCAUGCUGGAUCAGGUAAAAGGAUGAGAUCUCUUAUGCGUGAGUGCGCUUAAUAGCACUGUUGCGGUACUUUUGCAGUGCAUACGAAACUGCUGAUCACAAAUCCGAUGGUGAAGGCCAAGGACGUAAAAGUCCGCCUGUUGGCGGUGUGGAAGAAGUUCUCGCCGUUGACGGUGGGGGAGUUUCGGGAGAAGGAGACUUGGAUGAUAGAAGAAAGUGUUGUUUCAUCGACAUUUUCCACAGGAGCAGGUGGAUCUUCUAACUUCGACUUUCACAUGGAGGACAGAGAUGGAGGCACAACACUUCUGAAUAGCAACAGCAACAGCGACGCGGGGGCUCUCACAGGAGAAGUAGUUGUUCCGAUGGUGGGAACGACUACAGGCGCCUCCUCCUCAUCCUCGGCCGAAGAAGAUGCGCACAUGGCUGACGCAGCUAAUGCCGACGUCGGCCACGAUUCAUCAGCGAACCCUAGUACUAUGGUAUCCUCCAGUAGAAAUAGUGCCGCGGCUGCGUUCCGCAAUUUCCAGACGCACCCGGGCGUGUACUACCAUUUCUCGCCAUCAGGAUCUACUUCAGGGACGGGAAGGAUAGGAGCAGCUAAAGGUGGUGUGACAUCAGCACAACCGACAACAAAUCUUCGGAGCAAUAAAAGUAGGAAUGACCAGCAGCAUUUUUUCAUCGCGUGUGAAUUUUUGUUUUCCUUUCUCCUGUCCAAAGGUCUGCUUUACGAACAUUCGGAGGCCUGCUUCUGGUUCUCCGAGCAGAUGCGGGUGCUGCAGGAAUUGUUCCUGCUUCAGUCCAAGUUCGCUCUCCGCGAGUACCUGUUAUUCUACAUUGCGUACAGCUUCUCCGCCGACGAAACACACAUCUACCCGCCGCUUUUGUACAGUCCAGAAGGCGAUAGUUCCUCGUCAUCUAGAAAUAACCGAGCUGGUUUUAUUCAUGCGUCGGUGAAUACAGGCAGGACCACAGGAGUAUCAACCUCCGCGGGGGCAAGCGCGUCAUCGUCUAACAAACGGGGCAGGGCUGUGAAUUCCAAUGCCUCAACAGGUGGUCCUUACUCAGCCGAAGUGCAGCAUAAGCUUCUCGCGCAGAUUGUCCAAGUGUCGAGAAAUACCGCUCUGAUUAGCUGGAGGGAGAAAGAACAGGCGAAACAAGACAAUUUCAAUCUCCAAAGUCAUCUUCAAGGCAGUUCGUCUUCUACUGCUUCUGCAGGAGUACCACGUCCCCGCACCUCCUCCAUCGACACAAAUGUUGAUGCGAAGUACCUCUCCGGUCUCACGAAGCAGCUGGAUGUGCAGCGGUCGCAGAUUCGCCUGCAAGCGCGACGGUAUCAAAUGCAAAAAUGUCUGGGUCUGGAAGGAUGCUGCAACUUGUGAUGCUGCAUUUGGAUUCCAAAAAAAUCUGUAUUGCAUGAGCAGCAAAGGGAGUGUAAUUUUUGCUACGGGAAGAGGGCAUUUGUCAUGCGCAAUAGGCAUCCAGAAGCCCUUGAAAAAUCGCUGAUGCUAGGGCAUGCAUCACAGACAUCAUGGCUCAUGCAAAACUUGCAUGACAAGUCUCAGAAUCUUCCAGACCCAGACACUUAUGCACUUGAUAGACGGGCCAUCCACGCGAUGGGGAAAAGCCGAAACGUGACUAGCGACCACCCGAAAGUGGUGCUGCUCUUAUGCAUUGCAAAAGUAUCAUACUAGGAGAAAUCGCAUGACAAAUUCGCUCAGAAUUACAAAACAAUUUUGUCAUGCAGAUCUGCCUUAGGAAAAAGAUUUGUAAAUUCAUGAUUGCCAAAAUUUUUAGCUCGAGUUUCAUACGUUUGCAAUGCAUAGCUCUCCGCCACGGGCAAUCUUUGGUCGGCGCUUAAGUAUGGUUUGUUGGACGGAGGAGGGGGAAACUCUACUGCAGGACCUACAACCGGGUCGUCUUCAGCACAUCAACAGCACAAAAAUUUUUCGUCCUUUGACCGGUCGUUCUUCGAUCUCCUCGACCUCUUCAGCCUGCUGUCCGAUCCGGAGUACCUAUGACAGUGCACAACUAUCCCUGCUCCCCCUCAUUUCCCAUGCAAAAUACCAAAUCCAGGCUGUGCCUCCUGUCACUGCUUGCAUGACAAACUUCGGAAGAAGUAGCCGAAACAGUAAUACACUCGUCCUGGAAAAAUUUGUCAUGCAAAACCAGCAUUCUUGCUGCCGCUUGUACUGCCGUUCAUGCUAUACAAAUGAGAGGGCGGGGGAGUAGUUGUGUACUGUCAUACCACGAUAAGGAAAGACUGAAGUUGGAAGACUACUUGGACACGGAGUUGCGAAAUCAGUUGAUGAUCAAAGAGCAGUCCAAUCUAAUUCGCCUCCUGUCCGAGAAGUGUAAACUGGACGACUUUCUUCUCUGUUACUUUGGGUCCGACUUCACGGAGCCGCCCCACGACAGCGUUUUGUCCACGCUCGCCUUUGCCUGCAAAAAUUUUCUCUCUUUACUCACCGAGAAGGUGCUCGCGAAGUCGGCGGAGCAGUGGGCGCGGGAAUUGGUAGAUAAGUGCGUAUAUGAACUGCAAAGGUAUCGUACUGGUAGUGAUUGCAGUCAUGCAUUACAAAUCUUUUUCUUAACGUAAAUCCGCAUGACAAAUUUUAUUUCCCACGCUGAGAAAAUUUGUGAUGCAUCUUUACGAGUGCGAUGCUUUUGCAAUUCAUAGCGUAAAUGGAGGGGACACUACUUCAAGCGGGACCACCAGCGGGGGAGCAAACCUUUAUCACUUCGGAAUAGCGACGAGCUCAGGUGCUGGGGGCUCUUCUUCUUCCUCUUCUUCAGCGAAUAACUACAGGGCUUUUGGUGCAGAGGCUGAUGGAGGGGCCUCCUCCUCUUCUCACAACGGGUUGUACAUCGUGCCGUUUGCCUGUGUUUUCAAUGUGCAAGCCACGGUUGUGGACGACAUCGAGUUCUUUUCACCGACGAAAAACCCCAUCGCGGAAAAACUGCCGGCUAUGCAUUGCAAAAUUAUCGUACUAGUACAAGAUGCAAUACAAAUUUCAUUAGCAUGAGAAAUGAAAUUUGUGGUCAUGGUGAUUUGCCUUGGGAACGAGAUUUGUAAUGCUAAUGCAAGAGUGCAAGUACUACGAGUUACUCGUAACGAGUACGAUACUUUUGCAGCGCAUACCGGUGAUCGCGCAGCUGAUAAACCGGUUCGCGUUUGUGUUUCUCCAGCACAUUGACUCGCUGAUAUGCAUUGCAAAUAUCCCUGGUUGUCUGGAAGAUUUUUGCGAGAUUUGUCAUGCUAGCCUCGCAUGACUCUGAAUUCUGUAUUGCGUGGCCGCAUAGAGCUCCUCUUGCCUGUUAUGCAAAAACGCAGCUUCUCAUGCGGAGUAAUACGCAACUCAGAACCAUGGAAAAACUUGUCAUGCUUGGCAGUGCAUUGCAGUGCGCUCCCUCGUAGUCCCUUCCUUGCACCAUCACAAGUUUCCAGACAUCCAGGGAUAUUUGCACUGGAUAGCUGAACGUCACCUACAACCUGAACCUCCUCGGGCCCAACGUGCACGAUUACCACGGGACUCGUGGCGGAAGAACCAGCGCAACGACGAGCGACGACGAGGACCUGAGCAGAUCCGAAGAUGCGGAUUCGGAUAUAGAGAUGAGCGACGCCGCAAUUGGGACUAGUAGCCCUUUAUUCGCCAGCGGGCUGCAGUCCUCGCACCAUCAUCCUGACCACGCGGGGGGCUCGUCGUCCCCCCUGCUUUCGGGCAGCGCGAGCGCUUUCGGGGCGGCCACGAUCGCGGGCGCGGGAGGUGCAACUUCGUCUACUUCUAACAUGAACAAUAAACCUAUCCACAGGAAAUUUCCCACACACGACGUACAGGUGCGGUUUCUGCAUGACAAACUUUCUUGUUUCGAAUCGCUUUUCCGCAUGACAAUUCAUGGAAAUUUGUCGAAACAGGUGAAUCAAUAAAUUUGUGAUGCACCAUUCUGUACAUGAACAUGUCGAGGAAAUUUGUAUUGCAUAAAAGCAAGCCGAGACGACAGUCCAAACGACUCCGGCCCGGCCGUGGACAAGUUCGGCUUCACGUCCUUUACUGGCGGUAACGGGGAAGAGGGAGUAUCCUGUGCAAAAGUAUCGUACUCGUAGUAAUUGCAUUUGUGCAUUACAAAUCUCGUUCCCAAGGCAAAUCAGCAUGACAAAUUGCAUUUGUCAUGCUGAGGGAAUUUCAAUUUGUCAUGCAAUUUAUAUACUAGUACGAUACUAUUGCAGUUCAUAGGGAAACGCAAGAAACAAAAUCCGGUUUCCCCAGCUCCUGCAACUCGUGCGGCAUCGCGUUUGCGGGCUGGCGAGAUCGCUGUACGACAAGUUUCGAAGGAGACAAGAUUUGUUCUCGUCCUCUUCAACAUCUUCCACUAGCAGUGCCAGCGCGAUGCGAACCGGUACUACUACUUCAGCGGCGAGUACUUCUACGUCUAGUGUGGUUAAUAUCGGCACCAGCAAUAAAAUCGAUUGGACCAUCGCAUUUUCCGGCACGAGGCGGAGCAAUUUGGUGCUCACCGAGCUGCCCCACUGCAUUCCCUUCCAUAUGCAUUGCAAAAAUGUUUGGGUCUGGAUGAAUGCAGGAGAUGUUUGUAGUGCAGUGGUUGCAUGACACAGAGUGUCUGGCAUGCAGGGACCAGCAUCACAGGUUCUUCGAAAGCCCCAUGAUGCCUACUCUGCAUGAGAAAUCAUCCGCUCUCUCCAGGACCGAAAAUAGACAUCGUUUGUUGUUUUUGCAAGACAAAUUUUUCUGCGAUCUGAAAUGCGCAUCACAGGUUGAAACCCUCCAGACCCAGACAUGUUUGCUCUUGAUAUUCCAAGACCGCGUGCAGUUUUUGCAGGAGUGGAUUCGCAUCGACCACGACAUUAUCAAGUGCAAAAAUGUCUGGGUCUGGGAAAGUGUAAACUUGUCAUGCAGAUUUUCCAUGACCCAUGAGGUCUGGAAUGCGGGACUUAGCAUGACAGACUCUGCGAGGUCUCUGCCAUGCCUAUCCUGCAUGAGAAACCGCCUUCCAACUUGGUCAAAAGUGGACAGCUUUUGGCACUCAUGCAACACAGAUUUUUGCAUGCUUCAGAUUUACCAUGACAGGUUGCCACCUUCCAGACGACCCAGACACAUUUGCAAUUGAUAGACAUGCGGCAAGCCGCACGCAAUCCGUUUCAGCAGAUGAUGGGGACAAGGAAAAAUAUAUCAAAUGCAAGUAUGUAGUCUGGGUCUGGAAACUUGUGAUGCUGAACUGCGCACGACUGAAAAACUUCCCAAGGCAGCCAAGCAUGACAAACUUGCCGAACGCUUUGUGAUGCGCAUUCCGCAUGACAAGCUGCGCUUUUAUAUGACAAAAGAGGGCGAAUCUUUGUUAGUCAUGCAAUACAGAUCUUGCAGGAGUGUAGGACAAGCAUUAGCAUUACAAGUUCCAUGUUUCCAAACCCAGACAUUUUUGCAAUGCAUAAAAUAUUCGGAGGACGCACAUCGUAGAGGACGGGUACGAUGCCUUCGCGACUAUGGACGAAGAGCAGCUCCGCGGUGCAUUUCGCGUGGUUUUCAUAGACGAAAAUGGGGAACAAGAGUCCGGCAUCGACGGGGGCGGUUUGUUUAAGGAAUUCCUGCUUGAGCUGUCUCGAUCGGCUUUCAGUCCGGAGCGAGGGUUGUUCCGCGAGACGACGGACGGGGAAAGGAAGCUGGUUCCCAUAUGAGAGUGCACAACUCGUCCCCCUCCCCCUCAUUUGUCAUGCAAAAUACCUAAUGUACGCAUGCAAAAUACCUAAUGGACAGGAGGUAGUACCUCCUGUCACUAUUAUGCAUGACAAGUUCUGGCAGCCCAAAUAGCACUGCGUGCGCUCCUGUCCUAAUUUGUCAUGCAAAACCUGCAUUCUUGCUCCUGACGCAUGUAUCGCUGUUCAUGCGAUACAAUCAUGAGGGGGAGGGGGAGUUGUGCACUUCCAUAUCCCAGGUCGUUAAUCGACACCACCAUGGUGUACGAAUCGGAGCGCAUGUCUCUCUAUGAACUGCAAAAGUAUCGCACUCGUAUAAAUGCAUUACAAAUUUCCUCAGCAUGAGAAAUGAAAUUUGUCAUGCGGAUUUACCUUAACAAAAAAAAUUGUAAUGCAAGACUUGCAUUUAAUAUACGAGUGCGAUACUUUUGCACAGGAUACUCUCUCGAUGUUCCACUUUCUCGGGAAGGUGGUCGGGAAAGCCAUCUACGAAAACUGCCUCCUGGAGCCGCAGUUCAGUCGGGUCUUCUUGAACCUGUUGCUGGGACGGGAUAACACGAUCGACGACGUAUUUUCUCUUCUUGUUUUGUUCGUUAUUUUUCCAUUGCUGUAUGACGAUGACGUCGGGAUUCAGAUAAAGAUAUCGAUAUCGCGACCGGAACCCCGAUGGUGUCUGCAUAAAGUUGAUUAUAAUAGAUACGAUUAUCCGAUCUUCCUGCCGCGCGUUAUGGUGUUCUUGCACUACUUCAUUUGCUCUAUCAUUGUCAUCGACACGUGGCACUACAAACUAUGAUCUAGUACCCGUUUAAUAUUUUCGACGUCAUCAUCACCAGUAGGUACCUACCACCUGCUGACACCGCCCGAUGCAUAGUAGAUACGAUAUCGAAAUCCAAACCAAUGAAGAGUAUAAAAAAAAUAGUGCACAAAUAAAACGAAACACCCAGCUGUACGCCUUGGACCGUGAUUUUGCCCGGAACCUGUCUCUGACAAAGGAGUCAACAGUCACCGAAGACUGGGGCCUCUUCUUCUGCAUUGAGGGUUCGGAAAUGGGCGGGAAGCAGUUUACGCACGACCUGAAGCCGAAUGGGCGCAACAUCGCGGUCACGGAGGAAAACAAAAUCAACUAUAUCCAGCGCCUCGCCUUCUACAAGACCACCACGGAGCUCCAGAAACAGUCGGUCGCGUUUCGCGACGGCAUGCUGCGGGUGCUAGACAAACACUGGCUGAAGAUGUUCGAUCCCUACGAGCUAAAUUUCUUGAUUUCCGGCACCCCAGACCUGAAGUUUGACGAGCUGAAGGCCUGCUGCACGUACGCGGGCGGCUACACGCAGAACAGCGAGUGCAUCACCUGGUUUUGGCAGAUCCUGUUGCACGAGUUUAUGCUGUGCAAAAGUAUUGUACUCGUAUAAAUGGAGGUCUUGCAUUACAAAUUUUUUUGUCAAGGCAAAUCAGCAUUACAAAUUGUAUUUCUCAUGCUGAGAAAAUUUGUAAUGCAUUUAUACGAGUGCGAUACUUUUGCAGUUCAUAGAGUUUUCCGUCGAGCAAAAGUCGAAAUUUCUGCAGUUUGUUAUCAAAACCAAAAAUGCCCCCACCUCCCCAUAUCGAAAACUAAAUUUGUGAUGCUGCAUUUGAGUACACCAAUCGACUUGUAUUGCUAGAAGGCCAAGUAGAGACGCAGUCGUGGCCUGAAUUGCAGGCAACUUGUCAUGCUAGUUCCCACGUCCAGCUCCCUCCUGUCAUGCUCAAGAUGCAGGGAUUUUUCGCGCCAGCUAGCACUGCAGCCCGCGUCUUUUGCUUUCUAUAGCAUGACAGAACUGAUUUGUGACCACAAAUCUGCAUCACAGAAGAUUACCGCUGUGAUAUGGGGAGGGGGAUUUUUCUUCUUGAUAUUUGUCACCUCCUGCAGCCGGGCGCCGCUCCUGGGCUACAGCUCGCUCUACCCGCCUUUCUGCAUUCACCGGGUGCCCGACAACGAGCGCCUGCCAACCGCGUCGACGUGCGCGAAUUUGCUGAAGCUUCCGGACUACAGCGACAAGGCCAGACUGGCGGAAAAACUGAUACAGGCGAUCUACCAGGGCGAGGGCGGCUUUCAUCUCAGCUAGAAGAGGACAUCAAAGGUCGUGGAACUACAAGCGUCCUUGUCGUUGGUCCGGUACGCACCGGCGGGCCGCUCCAAUGAUCGUCCUGGGCUUCGGUACUCCUGUUCUUGUGCCCCACCGAAUAUCGAGCCAGAACUUCUACAUCAUGUAAUAAGUCUACUACUCUCCCAGUCAGCACUGUGCUUCUUUCAUUGACGGCGCACGAAGUGAAGAAGUCCAAGAACACGACGCUGGCGCGUUGAUACAGUUUGUAAUUGCGUUUACAGAAAAGAUUAAGAUUUGUCAGAAAAAAGAACUUCGAUUUGUUGUGCAAGCCGACGAAGGUGGUUUAUCAUCCGAAUGAAAUUCAUGUGAAAUUUGAUUUUUCAAAACUCUUCUAUUCGUCUUUGCAGUUGGAGUUGUUUUACUCGUCCGACUCCGCAUCCCAAGAACUUGUUGAUCACGCUUUCUUAUGUGUUGAAGCGCCGAAUUGAAAUUUUUCGUCAGGAUUUUCGCAUGUUCUUCUGUUCAUCUUCGCCGUACUUCUAGAAGAAGUUCUGCC